AUGCUAACUUCUUUUUUCUUUCUUUCUUUCUUUCUUUUCUUUCUUUCUUUCUUUCUUUCUUUUUCUUUUCUCUUUUAUUAUCUAUCCUGCUUUAAUAUAUUCCAUUAUUCUCACUUCUUUCUCUUCUCCGUUUUGCCUUCUAGUUCCUCCCACACUGUCCACCUAUUUAUCUGCUCCUACUUCCCUUCCUCAUUUGUUCUUUCUUUCUUUCUUUCUUUCUUUCUUUCUUUCUUUCUUUCUUUCUUUCUUUCUUUCUUCCUUCUUUCUUUCUUCCUUUUAAUAUAUGUCUUGAUUUCAUAUAUUACGAUUAGCUUCUGUUUCUUCUUCUUCUUCUUCUUCUUCUUCUUCUUUUCAACCUCUAUCUGCUCUCAAAUUGUUCACUAUCUUCAUAUAUUUUCUUUUCUUUCUUUCUUUCCUUCUUUCUUUCUUUCUUUUAAUAUAGGUCUUGUUUCAUAUAUUUUGAUCUUCUUCUUCUUCUUCUUCUUCUUCUUCUUUCACCCUCUAUCUGCUCUCACACUAUUCACUAUCUUCAUAUAUUUCUUUCUUUCUUUCUUUCUUUCUUUCUUUCUUUGUAUCUCUUUCUUGUUUGUCUUCGCCUUUUUAAUAUAUAUUUGCUCUUAUACCUUCCAGUAUAUUGAUGAUGACGACGACGCCCACCACCACCUUCACAAUCAUCAUCGUCAUCAUCAUCAUCAUAAUCUUCUUCUUAUUAUUAUUAUUACUAUUAUUAUUAUUAUUAUUCUAUACGCUCAUAUACUUGGUAUGUUCUAUUUUCUUUAUCGCUCCUCCUCUUCCUCUCACUACUUCUCCUAUCUGUCACCAUCCCUCCUCCCCAACCUUUCCUUUCCCUCUUUUCUUCCUUUAUUCUUUUUACUCACAAUCUCUUAUUUGCGGCCUCAACUUUUCUUACUUCUUCUAUUUCUCUUAGAUUUCAUUCUCUCUCUCUCUCUCUCUCUCUCUCUCUCCCUCUCUCUCUCUCUUUCGAUUGGUCCCUUCGUCAACUUUUAA